AUGUGGCAUGGCGCCGUUUAUAUAGCUCUCUUGGUGUGGGGUCCAGUCUUGUACGUCGUGACACAGAUCGUUCGUCAGUAUGUACGGCUGCGACACAUACACGGUCCUCCCUGCGCAGGCUUCUCUCCCUGGUGGCUUCUGCGAGCGGUAUACAGCGGCAACAUGCACCUGAAUUUCUAUGAGGCGAACCAGCAAUAUGGCUCUCUUGUUCGGGUCGGUCCGAAGGAUGUUGUGACGAGCGACCCCGACCUCAUGAGGCACAUGCUCGGUGUGCGCACAAAAUACACGCGUUCGGACUGGUACCACGCCAUGAGGCUGGAUCCCGGCACGACAACGUGCUAUCCACCCGAGACGAUGCAACGCAUACCAAACUUCGAUCCCAGAUGGCGGGAGGGGUGGUAUUCCGGCAAAGAAGUCACCAAUCUCGAAGCCAAGAUAGACGACAACAUUCUUCGCUUCAUGGCUCUGAUCGAUACCUAUGCUUCCGAGAACAAACGGUUUGACUUUGGCUUGAAGACGCAGUAUUUCACCCUCGACGUCAUCUCUGACCUCGCAUUCGGCCAGCCGUUCGGCGACCUGACGUCCGAUUCGGAUGUUCACGACUACAUCCACACGACGGAACAGAACAUGCCGAACAUCGUCGUUGCGGCCGUCCUGCCCUGGCUGCUGACCAUGCUAUCAUGGCCUUUGCUCCGGCGGCUGUUGCCUUCGGAAAGUGAUACCAAAGGCCUUGGGAUGCUGAUCCGGAUGGCCAAAGAAAUUGCGGGUGAACGCUUUGGGCCGAGCAAGAAAACACAGCAGGAUAUGCUUGGUGCGUUCGUGGCGCACGGGCUGACACAGGAAGAGGCGUCGUCGGAGAUUCUCAUGCAGAUGUGCGACUCAUUGAGUUUCCCUACGCGUUGCUCCUCAAAGACCCCGCUGACUCCGCUUGACAGACUAGCUGGAUCGGAUACGACGGCCACGGCGAUACGGGCUACACUGCUUCACAUCAUCACGAACCGACGCGUGCUCACGGCUCUUUGCGCGGAAAUCAAAGAAGCACGGCCGUCCUGGCCCGUCGUGACAGAAGCGGAAGCGCGCAAGAUGAGAUAUCUGCAAGCUGUCAUCAAGGAAGGCUUGCGGAUCUUCCCAGCCGUCGUAGGUCAGAUGUCGAAAGAGGUCCCAAAAGGCGGCGACACUUUCAAGGGCGUCUACUUGCCAGAGGGAACCCGGAUCGGGUACGGGGCGUGGGGGAUUUUCCGUCGAGCUGAAGUGUGGGGGCAGGACGCAGACGAGUUCCGGCCAGAUCGAUGGCUUGAGGCAGAUGCGGAGCGGUCGAGGUUGAUGGAAACAACGCUGGAGCUCGUGUUUGGGCAUGGGAAAUGGAAAUGUCUGGGCAGAAAUGUGGCGAUGAUGGAGCUACAGAAAGUUUUUGUCGAGCUGCUGCGGAGGUACGAGUUAGUUUUGUGUGACCCUACAAAGCCGUGGAAGUCAUUGAACUAUGGGAUCUUCUCGCAGUCCCAGUUCUGGGUCAGGGCAUACCAAAUAAGCGAACAAAACUAA